GAUUUGUUGCUCCACGCAAUUUCCAUCCCAGAUUCUCGCGUUCAUCUCGGAGUGUUGUAGCCGCACACCAGCAGAGCAGCCACCCGCCCGUGGUGUGUGCAUUCGUUCACGGUAUGCCGUAACCUUUAGCCGCCCCGGCUAUCGCUGAGACCAAGGAGGCAACCCAUGGAUCUGUUAACAGGAGCGCCCAUGACGAGGGGCGGGUCGGGGUACCAGCGCAGCAGCAUGGAGCGGUCGAUGCUGGGGGAGAGCCUCCGCGAGCGCAUGUGCCCGACGCUCAUGGUGCUCUCCACCGCCGCCGCCGAGGCCGCCUGCCAGAAGAACGCGCUCAGCUUCGUCGACCUGCUCCGCCCGCACUGCGACUUCUCCAAUCUCAACGUACCUGUGCGCACGGCGGGUGAGCAUUCGUACCGACUGCACGACUUCCGCGUGCGAGUGUUCUAUGCUAGCGACAUCCAACAACCGUCCCAAGAGGCAGCAGAGGACUUCUGUGUGCGCUUUGUGACAAAUGCGAGUGAGGCGGCAGAGGCAGAGCUGAUGGGGGCCGACCCAAGCGACCUCAACUCCAUCAUCGGCAUGGCCAAUGCGGAGAACCGAACAUGCUGGUUUCAGCGCUUCACGGAUGCAUACAUGCGCACCCUCGACUUUUCUGACCACGAGACCUUUGAUCAUCCCAUUGCAUGUCUUCUGGUCGCCUCCACAUCAGAGCCCUUCCCCGUGCGCGCGUUGCGUGAGCUCAUGACUCCCGACCGCCUGCCUGCGCUGUACCGCGACGGCACCAUGGACCCCAAGCUGCACCUGCACUACCUGCUGCUGCACGACGUCUCCUCCCUGGGCCCCCCCUCCGCCUCCUCCCAAGUGGACCUCACCCUCGCUGAGAUGCGAGCAGCGUUUGGCAGCACCGUCUGCCGUCUGCUGCCUGUCAACUCUGCUGCUGCUCCCAGCCAGUCCCGGCCUGACAUCUGGACCAAGCACCGUCCAAUUCCUGUUGGAGGGGCCUCAAAUCCUCCUGCUGGCACUGUGGUGGCACAGAGCGCCUCAGGCCCACCUGGGGCGGUGGGGCAGUAUCUGAGCGAGGCGGAUGUGAGGGAGGUGGCGGACAUGAUGACGGAGCUCAGUGUGAAGCACCUCGUGCCACACCUCGAGCGGAAGGCGCGCGACCUCAACCAGCAGAUCUCAGCCAGUCGUCGUGGGCUGCGCAACCAAAUCAAGAAUCUCUGGUUUGGCAAGGGAAAGGAAGAAACAGCAGACGCCACACCUGGCGUCUACACCUACCGCUCGCCGGAGUCUCAGAUCCGGCAGCUGGCGGAUGCCGCGAUGAUGCUGCAGGACUUCCAGCUGGCGCUGGACAACUACCGCCUCGUGGCGGCAGACUACCGCCGCGACAAGGCCUGGAAGCACUACGCCGGGGCGCAGGAAAUGGUGGCGGUGUCGCUCUUUCUCUUGGAGAUGUCUCGGAGGGAGAUGGAGCAGCAAUGGAGAGCGCAUACGCCUCAUACCAGCGCUGUGGCCCACUGGGAGCUCGUUUUGCGCUCAGGACAGUCUUCUGGAUGAUUGGCAUGUUCAAGGCGAAAGGGAAUUUUCGAGACGCUGCACUCACUCUCAUGCGAGCAUCUCUGGAGGAGAGUGGGGUGCGGGCAGCAGUGCUGCUGGAGCAGGCAGCGCUGUGCUUUGUGCGGGUGGUGCCACCCAUGCUGCGCAAGUACGGCUUCCACAUGGUGCUCGCAGGCAACCGCUACAACCUCGCCUCCCAGCGCAAGCACGCCAUGCGGGCGUACAAGUGUGUGGAGGGUGUGUAUGGCGGCAAGGGCUGGAACUUCAUCCUGGACCACUGCAACUUCACUCUCGGCAGGCUCUCAGCAUACCUCGGCAGCUACAAUGGGGCAGUGGUCUACUUCGUCCGCUUGCUGGCGUGCGCCCACCAGUCUGCCGCCAUGCAAGCCACCUUCUUGAGAGAGUUCCUCUACGUGGUGCAGGCGGUGCAGGCGAAGGACAAGCAGGGCUCGUUGGAGCUGCCUCUGCCGCACGUCAACACCCAGAAGGUCCACGUGCACUUUGAGGACCACCGCAUCUUCGCCUCCCCUGCUGCUGAGGAGCUCCCUGAGUCAUUCUGGGCGGCGCUGGAGGAGGGAGUGGUGCCGCCCGCUGCAGCCAUGGUGGUGCCCACAUGGCUGGAUGCGCCGUCCAAGACACGGGCGGGGGCGCACGACACCAUCGCCACCAACACUUGUGUCGCAGGGGAGGAGAUCGGAGUGGACGUGGAGUUCUGGAACCCCCUUCAGAUCGCCCUCCAGAUAUCUGGCGUGCACCUUCUCUGCCACCACUACGACACCUCCUCCUCCUCAUCCUCUACCACCAGCAGCAGCAGUGGCACCGGCACUGCAGCGGCCACGACACCGUCCCCAGCGUCACCCACAGCAGUGCCAUCUGCAUCGCCCUCCGCUGCUGGCGACCUGGCCUCUGAUGCUGCCCCCUCUAGCCACAGCCGGCCCUCAUCACCGAAUGCUGCUGCCAAGGAUGCACCGGGGAUGGUGCGUGCAGCGAGCUCGCCAGUUCUCGACCAGGCACAGGCCUCAGAGUCUCUCUGGGAGGACAAUGGGAAUGACGAUGCGAGCACAUCUCGUAAAAGUCAAUCUCACAGCAACCUGGCAGAAGACGACCCUGCUCACUUCCUGCACCCCCUUGCUGAUGCCACCCCGUCUGGUGAGGGUGACGGGGAUGGCGCUAGUGGCACCAGCAAGGGCAGGGAGGACAGGGGGGACCGUGGCAGUGACAGUGGGGCCAGCGCUAAGGCUGCAGAGGGAGGCAGUCACCAGCAACAGGGUAGUCCAGCUUCUAAUCUGCCAGCAGGAACAGAAGGAGGUGGUGGAGGGGCGAGUGGGAACGCAGGAAAGGCUGACAUGGGAAGGCGGAUAAGGGGAAGGACAGCAACGUGAAGGGUGGCAGUGCGGCUGCUACUGCUGGUGCUGGACAGGCCGAGCCUUAUGUGGCGGAGAAGACAGCCUUCUCCCUGAAGCCGGGUGAACGACUCACAGUGCGUCUGAGAGUGCGACCAUCCCGUGUGGGCGUGCUGCACAUAUUCGGCGUGGAGUGGGCCAUCAGCAGCGAGGGCCGCACGGCUGUCAGCCGCUCGCUCUUCGACAUCAAGGCGCCUCCCAAGCGCAAGGGCAAGCCAUCCCGACAACUGCCCACUCACCAGCGCCUGCACUUCCACGUCAUCCCGGAGAUGCCACGCGUGCAGGCGGAGCUGGAGGGGAUGCCAGAGGAGGCGGUGGAGGGGCAGCUCUACCGCCUGCAGCUCAAAGUCACCAACACGUCACACGUGCCGCUCAAGCGCCUUAAACUGCGCACGAGCCACCCUGCCUGCUUGCUGCUGGGCGACCCUGCAGACCUCAACGCCCGCCUGCCCGCAUGUCUGGAGGACACAGGGCCAAGGGAAGCCGCAGGGAAGGAUGUGGAUGGGGGAGCACAGAGAGUGGGCAGUGGAGGAAGUGGGCGGAGUGGGGGGCUUGAGGCAGACGGGGGGCUGCCAGUGGAGCACAGUCGCAGUGUGACGGACCCUAGAGGCGACCAUGGCAGCAUGAAGAAUGGCUUCAUCUUCUCAUUCCCCACUCGGUUCGUCCUGGAAGGGGGCUCAUCCCUGGUGUGGCCCGUCUGGCUGCAUCCGCUGGACAUGGCCUCUCUGGACCUGGGCCUCGUGGUCUUCUUCGAACCCGCCCAUGCUGCUGCCACUGCCACUGGCAGCAUUCUUGCUGGCUUUGGCGCUGGGAGUGGAGCAGAGGGCGGGUCGUUCCCGCCUCCUCUUCCCACACACCACCAUUCCCACCACUCACACGCACAUGGGCAUGGGCAUGGGCACCACGCUCACCAUCGCCCAUCCCACCUUCACCCGUCUAUCCUCUCGUCACAUGCGCCCAUGACCUUCCGCACCUUGCGUCUGCGGCACACGAUCACGAUCCACCCAUCGCUGCACGUGUCGCUGCGCAUCGCGCCAAGCACGUCGGACAUCGCUGCCUAUCUGCUGCGCAUGGACGUGGAGAACCACAACCACGCCCGCACCUUCUGGCUGCGCCAGGUCUCCUGCUCCGGCGCCCACUGGCGCCUCGCCCCCCUGCUACCAGCCCAACCACGGAAAACUUCGCUCUCUUCUGCUGCUGCUGCUGCUGCCGCUGGUUCGGUUGUGUUGACUUUGGACAGCAAGCCGCAGCAGCAGCAGCCAGUGGGGGGGGAUGACGAGGAGGAGAUGAGUGGGGCGUUACUGUCUGCAGCUCUGGCGGCACCGCAAGUCCUGCCGCCAGGGCAGGGCACCUCCCUCUUCUUCCACAUUCAGGACUUUGCCUCGCCGCCUGGGAAUGACCGUGCAGACGGUGGCAGCUUCAGGAGUGACGUGAGGCUGGGGGGGCAGGCGGAGCCUCUCAUUGACAUCCGCAGGGACCCCCUGCACGCCCUGCACGCCAGAGAACGAGGCUUCCAGGCUCUCCCUCCCCCGGAGCCCGUCACCAACCCUGACGCCCCUCCCCCGAAGCAACCCCUGCACAUCGCGCUGCACCACUCCCGCUUCAACAGCGCCCGCCCCAUCUCCGGCCCCCUCUCCCCUCGCGGCCAUUCCACUCCCAGCCGCCCCCCUUCCUGGCCCACCCCCCCGGCCGGAGGCGCAGCGGGGACAGGAAGCCCUGUGAUUGGCUCGCGGCCCUUCUGGCGGACAGGCAGUGGGGGGGGGGGUUCAGCAGGGGGAGGGGGCCAUGUGCGUGGCCACGGGGACGACCUGCUGGACGUGGUGCUUGUGUGGGAGCAUCAGGGGUCAGGGAGUGCGGCUGAUGGCAGGAGUGCUGCUGCUGCGGGUUGGAAUGGUGGGUCCGAUGUGCCCUCCCUCGUUCUACCCAAGAGUGCGAUAACUGGCAGCAGCAAGGGGGGGUCUGCAGGAGAUGACUCUAACAAGAGUGACAGGAGCAGGGAUGUAGUGUCCAUUGGGACGCAUCACAUCUGUAACUGUCAGGUGGGCCCAGCUUACGACCCCUCGUCUGUUGCCGCGGCUGCUAGCACCAGCAACAAGACAAGUGUUGGAGGAGGGGGAGGAGUUAGUGGGGCAGCAGCAGGAGCAGCAGGUGCUGCAGGCAGUGGGUCAGCAGCAGAUGCUGCAUCUGCUGCUGCCAGUUCUGGAUCCACUGCUGGUUCCACGUCUGCAUCAGCUGCUGCGGUGCGAUGGAGAAUGGACGGCCCCUCCUAUCUCGAGCAUGACUUCUCGUCCCAUCCCACCUGCCCUGUCUCUCUCACUCUCCUCCUCCGAAACUGCUCUUCUUGCCCUGCCUCCGCUGCUGUCCACACUUUUGACCCUGCGCUGCUGCCCGCAGUUGAAAAGAGUGUCAAUGCAUCCACUCUGGGCUCAACUCUGCCUGAAAAGGCCGGCUUUUUCUGCCCGAACAACCUGAACGGCCAAGACAGUGGCGUGGCAACAAGCCCCAGAAGCUUCGCAGGAGGCUUCUCAGGUGGAGCUGGCGGGUUGGGUGGUGAUGAGGUGGCGUGCGGCACAGCGGCAUGUGGGCCGUACAUGUGGGCCGGCCAAACUGCCAUGCAGAUUCCCAAGCUGGCUCCAGGAGAGGAAGUUUCCUUGAAGCUCACAGCAGUGGUCUUCUCCCCUGGUGUGUACAAUUUAUGGAGCUACCGUGUGGCCUGGAGUGCUGAUGCUAGCAGUGGUGAAGGCGCGGCCAAGGCUGGGGGGCCUGUGAAUGCCAAGGAGAGCAAAGGAAAAGGUUCAGCAGGGGAAAGUGGGGGCAAAGGUUCGAGCAAGCGUGGCUCGCAAAAAGGGAGUACGAGGUCAACAGAGGAAGCCCAAGAGUCUGCUCAGAAGCUCGUGACAGGGUGUGGUAUGGGCCACCCAUUCAUGGUGGUGGUGUUACCAUGAAGCCCUCAUCAUGCAUGUUUGGUUCCGGCCAGCGCUGUAGUUGGCGCUGGAUGGAAUGGAAUGAUGGAUAGUUGGCCAAGUGCGCUUCUUUCCCGUUCCAUGCUGUGAACUGUGACCGGAGGUCUUCAUUGAAACCUUGUGCUACACAACGGGCGAAUAUUGUUAUCCCAACCAGGCACUACAUACCAUGAGACUGCCAUUUGCUUUGUACCGUGUUAUAGCAUAAGAACUGGGUACCAUGUUAUGGGUAAGUGGAUGGAAAUGUA